GGUACUCUAACCGGAAUGGAAACAAUCUGUCAGGUAACAUAUCAGGCAGAAAAAUGCAUCUCCCCUACAGAACCGUCACUAAUUGAAAUUGAGCAGGAUGACGAUGCCUAUUUUAGAAAUGAAAACAACAAUGGGCGGAGUCCUUCUGAAAUUAUGCAGAUUCCUUACGAAACUAUGCACACUCCUUGUGAAACUAUACACACUCCUUAUGAAAUUAUGCAGAUUCCUUGUGAAACUAUGCAGACUCUUUAUGAAACUUUGCAGAUUCCUUGUGAAACUAUGCAAAGUUCUUGUGAAAGUAUGCAGACUCCUUGUGAAACUAUGCAGACUUCUUUUGAAAGUAUGCAGACUCCUUGUGAAACUAUGCAGACUUCUUUUGAAAGUAUGCAGACUCCUUGUGAAACUAUGCAGACUCCUUUUGAAAGUAUGCAUACUCCUUGUGAACCUGUACAGACUCCUUGUGAAACUAUGCAGAUUUCUUGUGAAAGUAUGCAGAAUCCUUGUGAACCUGUGCAGAUUUCUUGUGAAACUAUGCAGAUUUCUCAUGAAACCAACCAAAUUCCUUUUGAAAUUUUGCAGUUUCCUUUAGAAACUAUGCAGACUCCUUCUCAAACUACACAAAUUCCUUUUGAAACUAUAGAAGUUCCUUUUCAAACUACGCAAACUCCAUUAGAAACUACACAAAUUCUACCUAAACUCCCGAAUUCAUUAUUAGCCGAUGAAUAUUUAGUCAAUCAAUCAAAGUCACUGAAAAGGGCAUAUUGCGAAAGCUCUUAUAGAGAUGCAGAAGUCGUCCCUGAACUGGACACUAGUUUUGAGGAUAUUUCAACUUUGUAUACUGAGUAUCUUAACUCAGAGGAAUAUCAUGCAUUAAAAAGGUUUAAAACAUCAUAUGAUGUUGGACAUGGUGACACACAUCUUCUAUUUUCCAGCCAAGAAGCAAGUGAAGAGAAACAAGAAAGUAUAUUUCAAGAUGACUUAUGGGGAUGGGAGACAUCCUCAUGUGACUCUACAACAAAUAAACUUGUGGAGAUCAAUUACAGUGAAAUAUCUAGCUUUCCUUGCACUUAAAGGCCAUGGGAAGAUCAAUAUCAUCUAAGACCGAGCAACUUCAUAGGAUGCGAACUAUGAACUUCGUACCAUGAAUGGAUUAGUAGAGGAGAGUAUAUGUUAUUAAAAAUAAUUUGCUCUAUAAUAGCCAAUUUAUUAGAAAUUGCAUAACGAUAUUUAUGCAUUAAAAUUUAAGAGUAUGUAUCAUAGGAAAUCUAUUAGAAAGUAUUAGAAACUGCACGAUGAAGUCGUGUAUAUUUAAGAUAGUAGAUUGUGUAACUGGAAGUUUGUGUGGUUAUUUGUAGUUUCUGGAGAGAGUACUUUUUGUAGUGAACUUUUGUCUCUAGGAUACCAAGUGUAUUGGUGAAUCAAUUUAUUAUCUGUGAUUUUAGUAUUUAAUAA